CCUUUAAGAAACCUAAUAGGAAUCCGUUUUUGCCAUUACGUCCAACACAUUAAGGCCGACCGUUAGAGCCUUUAUGCAAUGCCACUGAAAACCUACCUUCCUUGCUAAAUUAAAGCUGUAUUCCUUUAGACACAUUGUUUCCCAUAUCGGUGGUACCUUUAAUUGGUUGAUUCUUGCUUCUGAACCCCGCCUCGGCAAUGACAGAGUCGGAUGAGGAGCUCAGCCCUCUUAGUAGCGAAGGUGACCUGUUGUCAUGGUCAUCUGACGACGAGGAUAUAGAUAAAGCCAAUGGGCUGGAUGGCGUUGAUGAAGAAGCGGACCAGACCGAAGGCGAUGACGCGGACGGAGAAGGCAACACUGGCGCCGGGUUACCAAUUGGCAGUGGCGCAGCGCUUGGUCUCCUUAACAUGCAGCCACCUGGAGCGUACCUAGAGCAGGACGCGCAACCAUCAAACGCACAGGCGACAGAAGGAGGCGUGACGCCCGACCUUCUCCCCUGUAUGCAAUCGCCUGUGCUGCGACCGGGCAAGCUCGUCUUCAACACUCAUCAAAACCGAGAAGCCACGCUAUUACACAGCUCCCCGGGUGGGUCACGUAUGGCCCUUGCGUAUGAAGGUGGUCGCUACGACGACGGCCGGAUGAUCAAGAUAGACAAGCUCCGUGUCUGCCCCAUCGGCGGUCGGCACGACCUGCGCCGCAGCCUUGUCUCAGGACCGAGCGUGGGGCGCCAGGCCGUGUUGAUCCUGCGAGGCACGUACGCCGGGCAACUCGGUGUCGUCGACGCGGGGUAUAUGGGGGGUUCCGAAGCCAGGCUCCGCCCUAUCGAUGCAGAAGGGCGAGAAAACCGGGCAGUGAACAUUGACGCCGUCAAUGUACACGCUCUAGCUGAUGCUGAGCUCGCCUUCCGCUCCUUCGAGUCGCCUCAGCGAGAUGCCCUUCGGCCGUUCCUCGCUCCUGACCAAUCCCAAGGCCCCAGCACGUCAUCGUCAUCGUUAUACCAACUUAAGCAUCGCCAUCUUCCUCCAUUUGAUGUGUUCUCUUCCUGACCCUCCCAAUUCCCUUCCUUCCGUUCUGUACCUCCCUAUCUUGUCCCCCUUACAGUGCCCAAACCCCGAGUGCGCCAACGCGCACCCCGGCCCUGGUGGGCUUAUCAUCCAAGAGAAGGAUUGGACACUCGAGAGGGGGAAUGUCAAGGGGCACUACGUCACCUGCAAGCACUGCGAGGACCGCCCCAUCCCGGACGUCACCGGACAGGACAGGAGGAGCUGCUUCUUCCGCACUACGACUGGGACCUUUGCCACCACCGUGCACGAUGCGGCGGAGCACUUCGCGAGCUGUGUCGACCCGCAGGACCCCGCCCUGGCGUGGAUCCGUGGGGCUGCCCCUCCCAGCCGCCCGAGCAGCCGCGGUCGCUCAGCCAGUAGGGACCGCUCAACCAGCCGCGGCCGUGCGACCAGUCGUGCACGGGGCACCAGCGCCGGUGGCUCAUCGCGCUCUGGAAGCGCCAAGCGCCAGCGGGAGGGGGAGCCGUCCGAGGAGGAGUCGCUGAUUCGCCUCCAGGAGGCACAGCAGAAGUUCCGCGACAUGGAGCUACAGGUCAAGACGGCGUCAGAGGAGGAGGCUACCAAGCGCGUGGCGAAGACCAAGGCCACCCUGGACCUCAAGGCGGCCACUCAGAAGACGGCCGCCCUCACGCGACAGGCGAGCAAGGCGGAGAAGGAGCUGGAGGCGGCCAAGAAGGCGCGUGAGAAGUACGACAAGAUUGAGAGCAUCGACAUGACUGCAGCGAGUGAGGGGGAGGGCGAGGGAGAGGACGAGGGCGAGGGUGUGGGCGAGGGGGAGUGCGAGGAGGGAGAGGGACGCUUGGAGCUGUGAGCGAAUAUUCGGGGGUGUGGGAGAUGCGUGGAUAUGCAAUGUGUGGUUAAAUGUGUGGAUACGCAAUCGUGGUGUGUCAAUGUCGUAUAGUGGACCAGUUCAACAGUUCAAGGUGUUUGUUUCGUCUUCGUCUUGUUGUGUUGUGCUAUGGUUGAAACCUGUGGCAUGUGAAGCGAGCGCGCGCUUGGAUGGACAAGACAACGGUGACAGGAUGUAAGGUUCAUGGGUUUGCUGUGUCGGCUGGCUCCGGCAUUUGCUGUUGCUAUUCCGUGUGCUCGCAUAUGCCGAACGCAGCUCGUUCGCUCCUACGAUACUCGGUAUGGCAUGCAAGCAUCGCGACGAGUGUAACGAUUUCGACGUUUGAGGAAGACAAUGGCUUGGUUUCAAACUACAUACAGGACGCAUAAGGAUUGUACCUAUGAGUUUGGUAAGUAAGCAGGUUUCAGCGAGUCAUGCAUAAAGGCUCUAACGGUCGGCCUUAAUGUGUUGGACGUAAUGGCAAAAACGGAUUCCUAUUAGGUUUCUUAAAGGUAAUAUCAUUUUACAAGUCUAGGAGCGGUGCUGGUUGGCAGGGCAGGUUGGAAGACUCCAGGGUGGAAAGUGAAGCGGAGCCUGGCCCCGCCAGUUGUCUUGCGUUGUCUGAUUGUCUAUCUUUCAUUCGGGCUGCUUUCCUUAAAUCCCAACCGUCCAUAGGGGCUCCGAAACCUUUGUUUUCCUUUGAUACGAUGCCCGACAGCUUGGUGUUUCAGGAUUCCCCUAUAGUUGAUUGAAGCAAAAACGUGCCGCUAAUGGAAUUUGAAGUAACGCGGAGGCUCUUGGAUGCUGAUUGACAACUACCACCUUGCUGCAAACAUGGCUGCUGGGUCCUAAUUCUUUUAUACGCUUUCUAUUUGGCGCUGUAUAGAAGUAUGGCUAGGAUUUGCAUCAUGUUGGCGCUGUGCUCCCUUCGCAGCGCCUUAGCUGCUUCCUGGAGAGUGUAGCGAAGAUGGAGCGGAUACCUACAAACGUACGCCUACC